AUGUUCAUCGACCUCAUCGCCCGGUUUAGUACCGUCGCCGCGGCGGAGGCUCUCCCUAGUGACAUUUACAACUACUGCUCAUAUCCAUUCGACCCCGUGUGCUACAUGCCAUUACUCACGCAUGCCGUCCUUGUCGCGAAUGCCGACUACAGGCCUGCCUUAGCCGCAAACUUCAACGGCUCCCCUUCCAUCGUCAACUGGGACCCACGCACCCUCCAGCGAGUGUAUCUCUACCGACCGACCCCCGAUGUCCCCGAUGUCCCCGCGCGUGCGAUGCUUGCAAAACGCGUGAAGUUUAUGCCCGGUCUGGCGCACCACACCGCCCAGGACGUGUGCGACUGGUUCGCAACCGCGUGCAAGAAGCAGAAACGGAAAGAGAGGGCGGAGCCGCUUGUUCCCGCGCGUGAGUUGCCGCCUCAGGCGUUGGGGAAGGAGAGCCGGAAGCAGGCGAAGAAAGAAAGCGCUGUCGAUUCCAAACCCAUCCACGUCCGCCGCUUAGUGCACGGAACUGCCGAACGAUGGCUCAAAAUCGCGAAGCACGAAGACAUCAUUAUGUUGGACGAGUCGACCUCACGAGCACCCGGUGCUCUCCUGAACAACUCCAUAUCGCACGUCGAUGCUUCGGGCGACGCCGUCCUCGACACCCGCCAGAUGGCCGCUGAUCGGCGAGCGGCAUUCCCUCUUGCGUUCGUCGAGAAACGUCAUCGCUGUCCGAGGACGUUCGUUGAGCUCGGGCCGUGGUUCGAGUCGCUGCAGUAG